UCUGUCUUGCCCAGAUUGGGGGUCCCUCAGGUAUAGGGCUGAAUCUGAGGUCUCUCACCACCCCCAGCAUUACCUAACACAAGGCUGGGCAGUAGGGGAUGACAGGAGUUGUUUAGUGAACGAAAUCUUUAGCCUGGUAUCUGAGGCCUGGUGUAAUCUGACUUGGUAAACUCGUAUUCAUCCUAAAAAACCCAUGUCACAUGCCUUCCUCCAUGUUCCAGGCAGCAUUUACUGGGAAGACAAUUUUGGAGGCUGAGACAGGACACACAGGGCUUACGAUGACUCCCUGUACUCCCAACAUCGUGGCCUCUUCCCCGAGUCUUCCUUUGGCCUCUGGGAGGCAGUGAGGUGCGGGGGUUCCCAGCCAGCAUUAGUAGUUAGGGUAUGGAUUCAGUAGAUUUCCCCAGGUAGGAAGACAUCGCUAUAGGAAGUCUCUCCAAAACCAGUGCUCUAUACCUGCGGGCACCAAAGGACAGCGCCCCGCAUGUAGUGGCUUUUGGCGCCAGUCUUCCUCCAGUUCCAACGGGCAACUCAAUCGAGGGGAGCGGGCCCUUUAAGAGGCGAACACGGGGGCAGGGCUCAAGUCAAACCCCGCCCCGGGAGAGAGGGUGGGGCGGGCCCGAGUCUCAGUGCGCCUGCGCAGUGUCCACGCGGUUCCGGGUCCAGCUCUUGGUUUCCGGAGCUGUUCGCAGAGAAACUGAGGUUCGGAGAGGAAGCGAUCGUCCCCGUGAGGACGAGUAGGCUCAGAGACGUGGACAAGGUCGCGCCGCUGCGGCUGCGUUGGCUCCGGGAUUUGAACCCGGGACAGCCCAACUCAGACCUUCGAUGCCCUGUGGAGCCCAGAUGACCCACUCUUUGGUUUGUCCAGACACAGUGAGUAGGGUGAGUUCUGUGCUGAAUCGCAACACGAGGCAGUUUGGAAAGAAGCACCUGUUCGACCAGGAUGAGGAGACGUGCUGGAACUCGGACCAGGGCCCCUCCCAGUGGGUGAUACUGGAGUUUCCCCAGCGCGUCUGUGUCUCCCAGCUGCAGAUCCAGUUCCAGGGGGGCUUCUCCAGUCGCCGGGGCUGCCUGGAAGGUUCCCAGGGGAGUGAGGCUCUUGGCAAGAUUGUGGACUUCUACCCGGAGGACAACAACUCACUUCAGACCUUCCCUGUGCCAGCUGCUGACGUAGACCGGCUGAAGGUGACGUUUGAGGACGCCACUGACUUUUUUGGCCGUGUGGUCAUCUACCACCUGCGGGUGCUGGGGGAGAAGGUAUGAACCCACUGGGCCACUGCCUCUUCCUGGAAGCCCUUGGGGAAGCACAGCCAAGUCCUUCAAGUUCUGCACAGAAGGUUUAUUGGCUCCUCUUGGGAAGGGCCCCCUCCCACCGUCUGUCCAGGAGCUGCCUUUGAAGCCAGUUCUGGGUUCCCCCAGCUCUGGGUCAACCGUUUCGUUCCCUGAAUGUCUGAGUCCCCGGCAGGUGGCCUUCACUCGGGAUCGGUGGGUACCAGGUUGCUCUGGAAGAGUUUAAGGAUGUGGUUCUCGAUCGCUUGUUGCACUGGAAACAGGACAGGCAGAAGGUGGGCCAUGGACUGACUGAGGGCUGCGGAGGCACAGGCCAACCUGCAGCCUCCCCUUGGGGGCGAACUGGAGCCUCCCAGCCCUGGAAUCUGGAUGGAGGAUCCACUCGCACUGGGAAACACACGCCACUCCCAGAGCACAGCUGGGAAGACAGAGGCCCCCAUCCCAGAAACCUCAACUUCCCCUAAGUUUGUAAAAAUGCAUUUUGGAGGCUUUUCAGAGUCAUAAAAAUAUUUCUUAGCAAACAA